UAUAUAUAUAUAGAUAUAAGUUGGAUUCUGCAUGACGCACCUCUCUGUGUAGAACGGUUAUGUGAUGAGAUACGACGUCCAGGAGCUGCUACUUCAUCAGUCUGCUGAGGAUCCAUUCGCCAGGUUCGCCAAUGGGAUGGCAUAUCAUCCAUUUCUGCAGCUAACGCAACGGCCCACUGACUUCAGCGUUUCCUCGCUGUUGACGGCGGGUAACAACAACACCAACACCAACAGCGGCAACAACACCAACAAUUCAAGCGGUACCAGCGCCACGCCCAGCGGUACCAACAAUAAUAAUAAUAAUAAUAUUAGCAGCAACGCCCACGUAUCACCAACGGGUGGUGGUGGUCAGCUAUCGCCGCAGAGUAACCACAGCAGCAGCAACACCACCACCAACACCAACACUAGCAGCAGCAAUUCCAACAGCAACAACAACAACAAUAAUAACACCACAAAUAACAACAACAAUAAUAAUAAUAACCACACAAAUAAUAAUAAUACGAAUAACAGCAAACAAGGAGGAGGAGGAUCGGCAGGAGCAGGAGCAGGACACCAUUUAAGCAGCGACGAGACACCUUCGCCAGCUGGCAGUCCUGGCCUAGUGCCGCCACCGCCUGCCGCCCAUCCGCAACAGCCGCCGCCGCCACCACAGCAUCAGCAUCAUCCGCAGCAGCAUCCCGCGCAUCCCGCUCAUCACUCGCCCAGUACGGGUGCAGUUGCUCCACCGCCGCCACCACAGCAGCAGCAUCUCCAGCAACAGCAACAACAACAACAGCCGCCGCCACCGCCACCGUAUUUCCCGGCAGCGGCACUGGCCGCUUUAGCCGGCAGCCCAGCUGGUCCACAUCCCGGGUUAUAUCCCGGCGCUGGACUCCGAUUUCCGCCGCAUCAUCCGGCCGCCCAUCCGCACGCCCAUCAUCCGCUGGGCAGCGCAUAUACCACCGCCGAGGACGUGGUGCUCGCAUCGGCCGUCGCCCAUCAGCUGCAUCCGGCUAUGCGACCGCUGCGGGCACUACAGCCGGAGGACGAUGGCGUCGUCGAUGAUCCCAAGGUGACGCUGGAGGGCAAGGAUCUAUGGGAAAAGUUUCACAAGCUGGGCACGGAAAUGGUCAUCACCAAGAGCGGCAGACAAAUGUUUCCGCAAAUGAAAUUUCGUGUUUCGGGACUGGAUGCCAAGGCUAAAUAUAUCCUGCUACUGGACAUUGUGGCGGCGGAUGAUUAUCGUUACAAAUUUCAUAAUAGUCGCUGGAUGGUGGCUGGUAAAGCGGAUCCCGAGAUGCCAAAACGCAUGUAUAUCCAUCCAGAUUCACCCACAACGGGUGAGCAAUGGAUGCAGAAAGUUGUUUCAUUUCACAAAUUAAAAUUGACCAACAAUAUUAGUGAUAAACAUGGAUUUGUAAGUACUACCAUCCUGAACUCGAUGCACAAGUACCAGCCGCGAUUCCACCUGGUGCGAGCCAAUGACAUCCUCAAGCUGCCGUACUCCACGUUUCGCACGUACGUCUUCAAGGAGACGGAGUUCAUUGCCGUGACUGCAUAUCAGAAUGAGAAGAUAACUCAAUUGAAAAUCGAUAACAAUCCCUUUGCAAAGGGCUUUCGUGAUACUGGUGCUGGCAAGCGGGAAAAGAAGCAGGCGCUAAUGUCGAACCGAGGGUCCGAUUCGGACAAACUGAAUCCGACGCAUGUGAGCAGCUCCCGUGCACCGCUACACCUGGGCCAUGCCGGUCGUCCGCCCCACCUGCAUCCGCAUGCAGCGCUGCUGGACAACCAGCAGGAUGAUGAGGACAAACUGUUGGAUGUGGUUGGACCGCCACAGAGUCCGCUCCUGCCGCUCAGCCAUUCGCUACAGCAAAUGCAUGCCCAUCAGCACUCGGCACUUGCCGCCUGGUUUAAUCACCUGGCUGGAGCUGGAGCCGGUGCUAGUGAACAUGCCGCUGCCGCUGCGGCAAAUGCCAGUGCGGAGGAGGCUCUAAGGAGACGCCUGCAGGCAGAUGCCGAUGUGGAGCGCGAUGGCAGCGAUUCAAGCUGCUCGGAAAGCGUCGGCGGGAGCACCGGCGGUGCCUUUCGGCCCACCUCGACGGGCAGUCCCAAGGAGGCGGUGGGUGCCGCAGCAGCAGCGGCGGCAGCAGCUGCUGGCCUAAAUCCCGGUGGCGGUGGCGGCGGUAGCUAUCCAUCACCGAAUAUCUCGGUGGGUCCGCCCAUACAUCCGUCGCCGCACCUGUUGCCUUACCUGUAUCCGCACGGCCUUUAUCCGCCGCCGCAUCUCGGUCUGCUGCACAAUCCGGCCGCGGCGGCAGCAAUGAGUCCGGCUGGACUCAAUCCCGGCCUGCUUUUCAAUGCCCAACUGGCUCUGGCCGCCCAACAUCCGGCACUCUUUGGACAUGCCUAUGCAGCGGCGGGACAUACGCCAGUUUCGCCACUUCAGGGCCUAAAGAGUCAUCGCUUUUCGCCGUACAGUUUGCCGGGUAGCCUGGGCUCGGCCUUUGAUGCCGUCACACCGGGCUCGAAUGCCAAUCGAUCGGGCGAGGGAGGAGCACCACCGGCCCAGGGUAUGGAACCGCGAAGUCUUAGCUCUAGCCCAAGACCUAGGCCAGCGUCCCAUUCGCCCCCCACGCGUCCCAUUUCAAUGUCACCCACCACGCCGCCCUCGCUGAUGAAGCAGCAACGUGGCGCAUCGCAAGCCCAGAACUCCCCCUCGGAGCUGAAGAGCAUGGAGAAGAUGGUCAAUGGGCUGGAGGUGCAGCAUAAUGGCAGUGCAGCUGCCGCAGCAGCAGCAGCAGCUGCAGCGGCACUACAGCUGGCUGAGGAGGCGGCCCAUCAUCACACCCAGGCACAUCAUCACCACCAACAGCAGCAACAGCAACAGCAGCAGCACCCGCAUCCGCACCAGCAUCAGCAUCCACAUUCGCAUCACUCGCAUCCGCAUCAUGGCACCACGGCGGGCGGUACGGAUCAGUGACAAUUACUGGACGGCCGCUCCGAUUGUGAUGAUGGAGGCGGCGGCGGAGGAGGAGGAGGAGGCGGUGGUCUGGAGUUAGAGCUCGACCUCGAAGAGGAUAUCGAUGAGCAGGAGGAUGCCGACCAAGAUCCCGAUGAGGAUCGUAGCUCGGUAAUUGAUCUUGAUCUGGAUGUUGACGUCUGACCGGGACAAGGUCAGCGCCUCAGCCUCUAGCCCCUCAUCGAUCAUUGCCCGCCACCGCCGCCGGCGUCCCAUCACCAACCUGUGCUGGUGGUCGUCUAAGCUGAGAGUGAACCCCCAACCCCCCCUCCCGGACUGUAAAUAGCUGGCGGACAUUUUCCCGGAGAAAGCUGGAUUAGCGCCUAACAUUUGUAGUAUAUAUGUUAUAUAUAUAUUUAUCAGUUUUGCUGGGCCCAAAGACAGCGGUUAAAGUAUGGUCUUUUUUCUUUUCCUAACCUCUCUCAAUUCUAUAUAGAAUUCCGCAAAUGUCUUUGGAGUCCUUAGCAAGGCUACACUGAGAGAAAUAAGGGGUUAACCAGGGGCAGAAAAGUCAAGAGAAAGAGAGAGCGAGGAGGGGUAGUUGCAAACGGUAUAAACUUGUAUUUCUUCGGAAAUCGGAAAGUGUUUAAGGAUAACUUUCCCUCACACACAAAUUUAUAUAUACAUAUAUAUAUAUA